CUAAACUCAAUUCCAAAUUUGAUUUUUUUUUAUUUAUCAAACAAUUAAUUUAAGUUAUAUUUAUAUCAUCAAACAUAGUACUGACAAAUUGAACAAGUUUUGAAAAUAGUCUUUAUUCGUCCAUUCAAGAAAAAACUAGUCUUUGUUUAUAAAUUAUGGAGUAUAAUUGGCCAGCUUCCACCGCAACUGCGGCGGUACGCCAAUAAAAGCGAAUGCCACCGUCCUCACUUUCCUGCUAUUUCCUUUUUUCACUCCUCUACCAUUUGAUCAGACUGAAUUUGUUUCACAGUGAAUAGGAUCAACAGUCAUGCAACAGGUCGCAAGGAGGGGAAUUCAUUACUGGCAAAGACUGAAUGCCGCACAUGUUCACUCUGAUUUAAUUCAGAAAGGCCAAAACCGAGUCAUUGAUGCUUCCCUUACCUUCAUUCGUGAGAGGGCGAAGCUCAAGGGUGAGCUCGUGCGGGCCUUAGGAGGUGCCAAGGCAUCAACAUCACUCCUUGGAGUGCCUCUAGGGCAUAAUUCUUCGUUUCUUCAGGGACCGGCUUUUGCGCCUCCACGUAUCAGGGAGGCAAUCUGGUGUGGAAGCACAAAUGCUACAACUGAAGAAGGCAAAGAGCUAAAUGAUCCUCGAGUUCUGACAGAUGUUGGUGAUGUUCCUGUUCAAGAGAUUAGAGAUUGUGGUGUGGAUGAUGAUAGACUAAUGAACAUUAUCAGUGAGUCUGUCAAGCUAGUUAUGGAAGAAGAACCUCUGCGUCCAUUAGUUUUAGGUGGUGAUCAUUCAAUUUCAUUUCCCGUUGUGAGAGCUGUAUCUGAAAAGCUUGGGGGACCAAUAGAUAUUCUGCAUCUCGAUGCCCAUCCAGAUAUUUAUCAUUUAUUUGAAGGAAACAAGUAUUCUCAUGCUUCUUCGUUUGCCCGUAUAAUGGAGGGUGGUUAUGCACGUAGGCUCUUGCAGGUUGGUAUAAGAUCCAUAACAAGUGAAGGUCGAGAGCAAGGAAAAAAAUUUGGUGUGGAGCAGUACGAAAUGCGGACUUUUUCUAGAGAUCGCCAUUACUUGGAAAAUUUGAAACUGGGUGAGGGAGUGAAGGGGGUGUACAUAUCAAUCGAUGUGGACUGCCUUGAUCCUGCAUUUGCACCAGGCGUAUCUCACAUCGAGCCUGGAGGCCUGUCUUUCCGAGAUGUUCUGAAUAUUCUUCAUAAUCUCCAAGCUGAUAUCGUGGCUGCAGACGUGGUUGAAUUUAAUCCACAGCGGGACACUGUUGAUGGUAUGACUGCUAUGGUUGCUGCCAAGUUAGUGAGGGAACUUACAGCUAAAAUUUCUAAAUGAAAGGGGCAAUUUCCAUAUACUCAAAUUGUAUCAGACCGAAUAAGUUUAUAGGCUACAAUAUAAUGUGUCCAAUUUGGGCUUCAAUACCAGUUUGUUCUAUAAAAUUAAAUCACAUUGAUUCAAGUUGUCCAAUUUUCUGGCGAAUCUCAGUGAAAAUUUGAG